CAAUUAUCAAAAAACACACCCGGAAAGAAGACGCCAUGUUGUCUGGAACCAUUCGUGGCAUGGGGCGCACGACCGAUCCAUACGUGACACCAGACCCGCACUAGUCAUGCAUCUCGGAACAAAGACAAGUCUCUUGAUGCUACUCUCCGUAGUUCUGGCUAGUGCAUUGAGGACAGAGGGACAGGAAAAUGGCUGCCAUGAAAGUACCGCGAGCCCCAAGGACGUGCAGACCGAUGACCAAGGGUGUCAUGAUGGAGAGCACCGAGACCAGUACCGCUUUCGGGGUAACAGAAAUGGCGCUAUGGACUCAAGGAGGAACAUUUUCGGGAAAAACGGCGACGACGCCGAGGAGGACCGGGCGUUUGAACGCCUCGCUUCUCUGGCCAAGUAUGCAAGGUCGAAACUCCCGUUCGUGAAUCAAAGAUCCAGAACUUCGGGUCAAACAAACCAUUCGUGCAGUAAGGUGUGAAUAGCUAUUGGACUUAAUUGAACAAUAAAGUUUCUU